AUGGACGUUUCCGCUACCGAUGAUGGCGUUGAGUCUUCGAGUGACGACUAUCAUCUCGGAGCAGCUGAAGCUACUGUUGAUGGCGGGCAACCGUGCCUCGAUCCAGAUGAUGACUGUGAACAACAUUUUGGAACACCUCGAGAUACACCACUGGAACAGACGAUACCUGCGGAUGCGCCGCAAAUCCCAUCGGAUCUGGAAGCUCAGAUCGAUACACAGCAACACGAAAAGAUAGCCGCGAAGUCUGGGCCCAUCGUUCCUCAGCCAGUGCUACCAUGCUUCUCACAUAACAGUAAGUCGGACAGAGCUGAGCUUGAACCUGCGCCGGGCGAUGAGAAAGCCCAGCGACACGUAUCACAUACUCAUACAAACGAUACCAUCAAUGACCGGCAUCGUUUGGCAGUACAGGAGAUACGCGGCCAGAAACAUCACGCACCGCCAUCCGACCUAGCUAUCGAGCUUUCUCGGUCUAAGGCCAGUGCACACUUACCUCCGUACGAAGCAGAGGCUGGAGACAACAUAGUAACCGAACGCUAG